AUGGUGGGUGCUCGUCGUCCCUUCUCUUCGCUAUGGGACCUAAAGAGGCGCUUUUACGACGGAAAAGCGUCGAGGCGUUUCCGUUCAAUACAGGCGUACGUCGCAUUGAAAGCCAGAAACAGAUUCAACACACUCGCCGCUACUGCUACGUUAUUUUUGGAAUUCGCUGCUCGCGUUCUCGAUAGCAGAACUAGGACCAUCACUGUGUGUCUGUAUGUGUAUCUGCCCAUGCUCGACAGCUCUCCCAAUAUUUUCGUCACUUUCUUGUCUGACCACCGCGUCGUGGAGAAUAUACAUCAGCGCGAAGGUUAA